AGCAGAUCCAUUUCCGGGUUGGUAAAAGGGGCGGCGGCGAGAAAGAGCUUGCCGGGGGGCGAGCGGAACAGGACCAAAGCUGAGCGGAGGUGGCAGAGGAUUCACUCCCGGAGCAGCUGCAGCCAGGUAUAUGAGUGGCCUAACGCUGCAAAUUAAGACGGAGAGUCAGCAGUGCCAACCCGGAGCAGGGCAAGGAUGCCAAUUCCUCCUCCCCCUCCACCCCCACCUGGUCCUCCUCCACCUCCCACUUUUAAUCAGGCAAACACAGAACAGCCUAAGCUGAGUAGAGAUGAGCAGCGGAAUCGAGGCGCCCUCUUACAGGACAUUUGCAAAGGGACCAAAUUGAAGAAGGUGACCAACAUUAAUGAUAGGAGUGCUCCUGUCCUUGAGAAGCCCAAAGGAAGCGGUGGUGGUUAUGGCUCUGGAGCCGUAGCCCUGCAGCCCAAGGGAGGUCUCUUCCAAGGAGGAGUGCCAAAACUCCGGCCUGUGGGAGCCAAGGACAUUUCAGAGAACCUGGCUGGUAAGCCAGCCCUACAAAUCCCCAGUUCUCGAGCUGCUGCCCCAAGGCCUCCAGUGUCUGCAGCCAGUGGGCGUCCUCAAGAUGACACAGAUAGCAGCAGAGCCUCCCUCCCAGAACUGCCCCGGACACAGAGACCCUCUUUACCGGACCUCUCUCGGCCCAAUACCACCAGCACUACGGGCAUGAAGCACAGCUCCUCUGCCCCUCCCCCACCACCUCCAGGACGGCGUGCCAAUGCACCUCCUACACCUCUGCCUACGCACAGCAACAAAAUCCCAGCCUACAACAGAGAGAAACCCUUGCCACCGACGCCUGGACAAAGGCUCCACCCUGGUCGAGAGGGACCUCCUGCUCCACCCCCAGUCAAACCACCUCCUUCCCCUGUGAAUAUCAGAACAGGACCAAGUGGCCAGUCUCUGGCUCCACCUCCUCCGCCUUACCGCCAGCCUCCUGGGGUCCCCAAUGGACCCUCCAGUCCCACUAAUGAGUCAGCCCCUGAGCUGCCACAGAGACACAAUUCUUUGCAUAGGAAGACACCUGGGCCUGUCAGAGGUCUAGCGCCUCCUCCACCCACCUCAGCCUCCCCUUCUUUACUGACUAACAGGCCACCUCCCCCAGCCCGAGAUCCUCCCAGUAGGGGAGCAGCUCCUCCACCCCCACCACCGAUGAUCCGAAAUGGUGCCAGGGAUGCUCCCCCUCCCCCACCACCGUACCGAAUGCAUGGGUCAGAACCCUUGAACAGAGGAAAGCCCCCACCUCCGCCCUCAAGGACGCCUGCUGGGCCACCCCCUCCUCCACCACCACCCUUGAGGAAUGGCCAUAGAGAUUCUGUCACCACUGUCCGGUCUUUCUUGGAUGACUUUGAGUCAAAGUACUCCUUCCAUCCAGUAGAAGACUUCCCUGCUCCAGAAGAAUAUAAACAUUUUCAAAGAAUAUAUCCCAGUAAAACAAACCGAGCUGCCCGUGGAGCCCCACCUCUGCCACCCAUUCUCAGGUGAAGCCUGGCUUGGUCCUGUUCCUCAGGAAAAGGAUGGACCUCUUCUUCUCAGAUGGUCCCUUUCAUCCCCCCUGCAACCUGCAUGAGAGCUCCUGCUGUGUUUCUCCAGUGCGACCAGUCCUCGACUCCAAGCAUCCUUCCAGCUCACCUCCAUCUAUGCAGCUCGUCUCUGGACUUGGUGAUUGGACUCUUUCUAUGACAGCAGGGCCUAAAACCCUGCAUCCAUCCCUCUUCCAGCAAGUCCUCCUAGCUAGAAGAGGAGAAAGCUUCCAUGUCUCCUGCUUUCCUCUGGGGAAAGGUGCCUUGUUGUGGUGAAUGGACUCGGGCAGGGUGGAGAAUGGUAGCCCAUCCACUCUUAUGCACUGUGGGGAAGCGUGGUGGGUGCAUUAUAUUACAUUGUUUAGGAGGCUGGCACAGCCAGUACUUAUGGGGAAGCAUUUUUAGUGAAACAGUAAAGGAGUUUGCAGAGAAGUGAUCUGUUCUAAAGGUCAGGUUUAGAGAAAGGAUAAGGAAAUAGGUCUUCAUUAUUUUUAGGCAUGUUUUGGUUUUGUUCUCAUCCCCCCCACACCAACCCAGGGAUAAGUUGAAAAUGCACACUAAAUACUAAUCAGUUGAACUAAACAUUUAAUAAAAGGAAGGGGCAAAAUAAACUGAGGAUCAUUUAGAACUAGUCAGUUUCUAUUGUAGUUGAGGAACCAGGAGCCAUUUGAGUCAUCUGUGACUUCCUGCCCCCUUUCUCAGGGUGCUAGGUUGAAGGUGUUCUCCCCCUCUUCCCAUCCCCUCAAGAGACAAGUCACUUUUUGUCAAGGGCAUCAUUCAUUCCUGAUUCACAAAGCCCAAAAACCUUUGGUGGGAGAUAAGAAGAUAGGGCCUAUGCCUUAACCUCAACCUCGAGUCUGCCUCAGUUUUUUCUAACUGGCUCUGAAGUAGUCAUUGUCACUUUGAGUCCUUUAGCCCCUAGAGUGUACGUCACGAUAACUAAGAAGGGAAAGAGGAAAGACUUCCUUGGAGGGUCUGGCUAUGUGGGGCUACAAAGGACUUUAUAGUCUGCUAAUAGUGAAAUUCACAGCCAUCUUGAACUGAGCAGGCUCUUCCUGUUUCUUUCUCUGCCAGCUCACCUUCCCAAGACCACAGGGGCUAACAGCAGAAUAGAAAAGGUGAGGAAGUAAGUAGAAGCAUGUGGGGAUAUUCAAAGAUUUCUCUAUGCCAAGAAGCACAGAGACUUCGGUGAGGUGUGCCUCAAUCCAAUAGGGCUUCCUCGGCAGCCAGCAAUACAUUGUUUCUUUGUCUUCCAGGUCCUAGUUAAAGAACACAGAGAAAAUGGAUGUUCCAACUGAGGUUGAACAGUGGGACAGUGCCUGUCCUUUCUCCAACAGCAGGAUGGGGCUUCUGGACUCCACACACUAGGGUUGUUCGCUAUAGCUGUUGCCAUGUGCAGAGGCUGCACAAAGCUUGGUGUGAGAGCAGGGAAACCAGUCUUCUUUGAAAUGAAUGGGGAAAGCUAGUUAAAAACUUUCACUAGCCACAUCAUCCCAGGCUUAACUUGCCUUAGGGACCAUUCUGAUCUGUUGGAUCAUAGGCUAAGGAUCUGUGCAUGAUGCCAGGUGAAACCCAAAUUUUCCCUGAGCUCAGUGAGAGAAGGCUUAAUUUGGGUUAUUUGGAGACUGCUGUCCUUUGCCAAUCCCUGAACCACAUUGACUCUUACGACAGACUAUGAUUAGAUCUAUCACCAAACUUUUUCUAAUCACUGAUUAUCAUUUUUCUUUUCAAGUCUGUUAGCGGUUACCUCUCAGAAGUAUCUCCAGUAUCCUGAGGUGAAUAGAGGUGAGAGAGGGGAGUGCAAGAGUUGACACUGCAGCAGAGUUCCAGCGUAGAUGUUGGCACGUUAUUGAACUUUGACUGUGAAGCCUUCCCAUUUGUUUUUGAAAUGGGAGUUGAUAACUUUUAUAUAAUAUUAUCAGUGUGUAUCUUUUUUUCCCCUUUACUCAAACUUAGAGCAUCAAAAUAUGUAUCACAAAUAAAGCCAAACCCCAGCUUUUCAUUGGGGCUAAUAUCUUCCUCCCCGUGACCUGCUGCUCCUCAUACUCCCCAGCAUUUGGGCUGUGUCACAUGGGUAUUGACUGUAUUUUUCAUUGUCUUUGCCUCAUGGAGAAAAAAAGGCCUGGGUCCAGAUAUAAUCAAAUAGGUUUUCUCCUUCGGAGUAUAUCGAUGGCACAGCACCUAUAUAAAUGUCUUUGCCUUAUAUAUUAUUCUGUCCCGCUGUUAAUAACAGGAUUAUUAUCAUGUAUAUUUGCUAUUGAAGGCGGGAAUGUGAUCCUUAUAGUUAGUGGUGUAUUUUGUAUGUUGUACAAAGCUUGUAAUAUAGGCUUAAGGUUGGCUGGCUAUAAGAGCACUAAAACUUCUCACCUUUUAAACUGCUCUUUUUAUCUGCUUGUGAGAAUUUUGUCUCUUCAGUGGAAGAUUGGGUGGUCUCAUGUUGAGGCUAUUACCCAGUUCUAUUAACUCCCUUGUCCCCUCCCAGAGGGAAAAGACAUUGCCCAGCUAAGCAUCAAGAAGCUGUGCUAACAGUUCUUGUAUGGGUUUGGUUUUGUGAUGUUUUUCUCUAGUGGAAAACUGUAAUAGCUAUUUCUUACCACCCUGUUCGGAAGUAGGGUAGUGGCCUCUAGGUGUUUAAAUAAGCUGGAUCCCUGUCUUCCUAUCUCUGAUCACUAAACCUGGACCAAAGCACUUUGAUAUUCCAGGUAUAAUUUACUCACUUAUUGGGAUCUGCUCCACCUGGGAGCAACUCCACUAUUUUCAUAGGCUAGGCCAGCAGAGUGAUCAUAGGGCUAUUCCAGCUGAUGAAUGUGAGGCUGCUGUCUACAGGAACUUGUCCCAGCCCCCUUACCUGGCAAAGGCAGAGACUAGUCACUAGCCAUUGCACUGAGGGAAUGCCCUUACCCAGUGACUUCCCAGCUUGAAACACAGAUUUACCUCCAGGGAAAGGUGAGAAAAAAAUUGUAAAUAGACUUGCUACAGAGCAACUCAGGGUUGGGGUAUGUUUUAAUUCUCCUGAUCACUUGAAAUAAUCUGUAGGCUGAGUGCUUAUGGGAGUGGGGGAGAAGUGUGACUCUAGGGUCCUUCCUUUCUGUGAAACUCUGGGGGUGGAGUGUAGGGCAUCGGAGCCCCUUUGAUCACACUACACAGAGCUGUCUGUCCUUAUGAAAACCCAACGUAUAAUCAACUACAAAUCAGAGUCUUCACAUUCCAGUUGUAGUCUUUCUUUCCCUUUUGAAACUCAGUCCCUGAUUAUCUAGUUAAAGUGGCUUUCUGUUAAGCUGCCCUAAUUUAGGGAAUGGGAGGGAAGAGAGGAGGGCUUUACAACUCUGCCUUCAAGACUCAUCUCUAAAAUCAAAAUGAAACAAAACUGUAACUACUUUCGAAAUCACAUGCAAAAAAAAAAAAGAAAAAAAGGGUAACUUUAAUUGAAGGAAGGGUUUGGUUCCAUUCAACUCCACGUUCAUUGUGCCUUUACUUGUGUUAGAUUUCUGUGCUUUCUUCCUCUCCCUCUUUGAAAUAAUUAAAAUCUUCCUUGAUAACUGCGGUUUCCUUCUUUCUACUCGCUUCUGACAGUUUAAUGGGUUCCUUCCCUAAUUGUCUUAAAUGUCAUUCCACUGGUGGCAGAGGGGCAUACCUUUUUUUUCUCAUCUCUAACCUUUGUCCUUUCCAACAGUGACCAGCAUGGAAGUCACAGUCAACACUGAAAAAAAGGCUAGAAUGAUGUGUGUGCGCAUGUGUGUGUGUUUGUGUUCAUCUGUCGGCAGUGGAUCAAUUUCUUUAAAAAUAAUUUAUUGUAUGAUUUAUUUUGGAAUUAUAUCCUGAUUACAGUGCUCCUUCUUUCAAAUAGCACUGCUUUUUUUUUUCCCCCUCUAAAAUGUAUAAUGUGGUCUCAGGUUGGAUUUUUUAGUACAUUUCUUUCUUCUGGAUGCCAUGCAGUUUAAUUAAACCUUGCUUAAAAACAAAAACAAAAAAGUGAAAAUUGUGUACUCUUGUCAUGCCUCAAGUGGUGGCAAAGGAGAGGUAUUGCCUCAUCUUGUGGGUAAGUGUGGUGAUUUGAUUUGAGGUCCCCUGAGAAAGUAGGUGUACUGACUUGAGGAGCAGAAGCAUCUGCAGCUUUCCAAGGGUCUUCUCUCCUACUGUAUUUUAAAAAUCACAGUUCUAGUUAACUACAGUGACCUGCAGAUUCUGAAAGUAUUUUCUGUUUGCUACCUAACUCCCCUUUGCCCAUGAUUUCAGGGAACACAAAAGGCUCCUUAGCCUUGUGUCCUUUCUGGUAUCCCUUAAUGAUUCUUUUUGUCUGUGUUGGCUGAUUCUCAAAUGGACAGUGAAAGAAAAGGUGGGGGCAGGGCAUUAUGGCCCAUGUAUCCAUUUUUGUGUGGGUGUUGGCUGUUUUCUUCACUGCUUUUUAAGCUGAAAUCUUAGCUAGUUUUCUUGAACUUUGACUUUAGGUGUAAAAAA